AGAUAACUCAGGGCCGCCAGUAGCAAUCCUCGUGUCGGCCCGACAGCACGCCUCGUGCGAAUCGAAGUUAUUCGCGAUUCCGUUUCGCGAAAAUAUUCCCGCCAUUUUGAAAGUGUAUAAAACUUUAUAGUCGUGUCAUUAGUGUUCGAAAUUUAAAAAGUUUAAAAAUAAAAGUCUGCAGUGAGUUACUGUUAUUCUUUUGUUAUUGUCUUUGCGUCGGUGCGUGUUUUUUUUUUUGUUCUUUGAGACGAUUAAUAGUGUUUAUUAACCAGUUUUAUAGACUGAGGAAACGGAUCUGUACAGUCUCGAGUAUCCAGUGUAAACACGUUGAAGUAAACCUAAAGCAUUUAUCACCGUGACAUCAUAUUACAGAACGUGAACUCAUUAGAAUUGUAAAUCUAACAUUAAUAUGUGAUUUGGACACGUGACAAAUGUGAUUAGUGCAAACAUGGAUCCGCAAGAACUAGUGCCUUUGGAAGCAGGUCUAGUGCAGCCCUUACCGCGGCCACAUGUCCGGCCGCUGCGUCAUGCUCGCAACUGCCAUCUCGCACCGCGGUCCUGCUACCGCACGCCCCUCAGGCUGUGUCGACUUCUGGUCCUGCUCGUCACAAUACCUAGCAUGUUUAUCGUCGUGCCGCUGUAUUUGAGAUUCCGCGUGUUCUCCGCGCAGAUGUACCCGAUGAGCAUGACGGACAUGAGACUCAUCGACAGCAAGAUCUCACCCACGUGGUGUCAGAGGCAAGUGGUCAAGUCAAACGCGACUUUCAACGCGUUUGUGGUGCCGGGCACGCCGCAGCUGACCGACGAGCUGGUGCCGGUCUCCAUGACCAGGGAACUGGAGCUGGAGGACGACAUGAAGGAGUACUGGGGCUUCUACCUGCUCAAGGGAUCCUCGGUGACCGUGUCGGCUUGUGUUAGUUAUCCUGGAGCAUCACUUAUAAUGAUCAAAGGGUACAAACAUCUCCAAGAGUGCGCGUACAUCGGAGACGACUCCUCGGAGGAACUCAGCGAGCUGAUGGAGGCGUACUACAACGGGGAUAUGACCAACGCCACGCUGUUCGAGAAGAUCAAGGAUUUGAGGAAAGAAGAUGGGAAAGCCAAUGAUCCGGGUACCAUGAGACGUCACAAAGCCGGCGUCAGCUUCCACGACCCCAACAAAGUGGCGAAUGCCACUUCAUCAUCAGCGGAGUUCAUCCCUAACAUUGACGUCACAGACCACGACCCUAAGGAGCUUCGCGAAAUCCUGGAACGCCUACACGCGCUACGGGAAGCGGUGAAGAAUGAGCAGGCGAAGUAUUACCAGCUACCGUCACAUCUCAUGGCUCUGCCGGCCCUGCAUCGGCAUAGGGAUGCUAAUGUGGACCGUGAUGAACGAAGAUGGCUGUCUUUUGAAGACAUUGACGGCGAUGACAGUGACUCGACAGAGAUAAAAGGAAACAACGUCACAAAGGAAAAUAGAAAGAACACUGAGCAUACAUCAGUAAAUGCACAGACAAAUACAUCUGAAAAUAAAGAUCAUGCAAAUAAAACAACGACAAAAAACACAGCCACUGUAGAAACAAAAACGGCAACUAAAACAGUUGGUGUCAAAGAAAUCAAAACCUUAGGAAAACAAAACAGCAUAUUAGUGAAGACAGAAGAGAAAGAUAAACCUUUAGCAGUACAAACUGAAGUGAAACAUAAACCUAUAGCAAUAAAAGCUGAAGUGAAAGAUGAACCUAUAGCAAUAAAAACUGAAGAGCAAGAUAGACCUAUAGGAGUAAAAACUGAAGUGAAACAAAAAUUAGAUGAAAUCAAAAAAGAAACAAAGGUUCUGGAGAAAGUACAAACAACUGAGAAGUCUGUGGAAACGGUUCCAGAUUUAAAAGAAGUUGAAAAUAAAUAUGGUGCACCGGCAUUCGACCAAGAAACGAGUUCUAAAGAAGUGUUCGAGGAUGUCCUCAAAAGGCUACAGGCUCUCGGUGACAAAGGGAAGAGGGUGCUGAAGAGGCUGCACGAGUCAAUGGGAGUGACGUAUGAAGAUCAGGCGUCAGAGCUAUCGAACGUAAUGUCUGCAGUGCGCGGCAGCGACGAGGAGCUCGACCGCCUCCGCGACGUCCUCGUCGAGGCCAUCGACGAGGAACGUACGCGCCCCGAGCGGCAGCAGAAGAGAAGACAGGCUCGGGAAGACGCUCGCGCCAAGAGAGAUCUGAUGCUGGGACGGAUCGAACUCACCAAACAACUCAACGAGGACGACGAGGCGAGGGACUACGCCGCGGAGGAGGGUUUGGAACCAGACGGCUACGCCGAACACCACGAGCAACUAAACGAGACGACCGACUUCGACAUGAGCAACUCGGAGUUCUGGUCGUCAUUCUCCAGCAGCGAGGAGGCGCUCCUGGAGUGCGAGGGUCUGAUCCUGAACCUGCCCCUCACUCCGCACAAGAGCUGCAACAAGCACGCCACUGAUGACGAGACCUUCGCCGCGGCGAGGGUCAACGCUUUGACUUACAGGGUCCCGGCCAACGGUUACUAUUUCUUCGUGUUCAACUCGGAGAACGAAGUGCAGCGGAACUACAUCCGCGCGCGCUUCGAGUUACAGAAGACGCGGUACGACGUGGCGCGCUCGGCGCUGCGCGAGUGCACCAACUCCACCGCGCGCUGCGACCUCGCGCUCGACAUCUUCUCCACGCAGAAGGUGGUGCUGGAGGUGCCGUGGCGCGACAACGCGUCGCUGUGGAACGAGCAGUUCGUGAUCGUGUCGGAGUGCGAGCCGCGCGCCGCGCUCUACAUGCUCUGCGCGCUCGCCGUGCCGCUCACCGUGCUCGCGCUCGCCUUCCAGUGAACAGAUUACAAUGGAUGCUAUUGCUGAGGAAAAAUAAUAAAAUCAACAAGGUACUGCAGUAUGGUUAGUAUAUAGUUAUAAACCAAUAUCAAGCAAUUCAGUUGGGAAAUAUACGAGUGCAAGUCACAACCCACCCUUGUAAGGAUAUAGUAUAAUUAUUUCCCUUCAUGAAAAUACCAAUGUAAGAGUUAAACAGAAAUAUAAAUAACGGAUUGAAGUGUAUUUGCCCGGAUAAAAUUUGCAUAUAUUAUAUUAAUUUGAGAUCUAUAUAUGUACGAAAUUUAAACAAAAUCCGUUUAGGGGUUUCUGCUUUUACUUCUAACAAACAUGUUCACAAUAUUUCGAGUUUAUAAUAUUAGUGAGAAAGUAUGAUAACUUAAAAUUCGGAUAGUUAAUUUCUUCGUAAUCAACUUAUUUCUAUGAAUUACUGUAAGUAUGUUUUACUUAUUUGAUAACUACUAACUCACCGCGUAUCAUUAGCGGUUACCUAAUUAAAAUGUUAUGUUGGUAAAACCAAAUAUUAUACAGCCCCGGAUCAUGAGUUUUUCGAGGUGGGGCAAAAUCUGGAAAAUGCAGCCCCGCACACCUAUAUUUUUACCUUUGUCAUCAUUAACAUUUCGCACUCCGCGGGGAAUAAUUUGUAUGUUUAAGGUACUGAACGAAUCAGUCAACGUUGCGUUAAUGAUGGGUUAUGUAUUCGUCUUCGAAGUAUGAAUUUGGCGCUCUCUGCGGGGCAUGGACCCUGGGGUGACCCCCGGAUAGAUCCGGGCCUGUAUUAUAUAUUGUACAACUGCCGUUUGACAUUCGCGAGACACAUCCUAAACAGUCAAGAUUAUUUUUGUGCAAAAUAUACAUUUGAUAUUUACUGCGGAAUACAGUAAAAUACGAAGAAUGAAA